UUUAGCUGGUCCUGAAGUCCAGAGGGAGACAGACAGCAAGAUGAAGACCCUACUCGGAGCAGUGCUACUUACCGUAUUGGUCACACAAGGUUACUCACUGACAUGCCACAGCUGUAAUAGCCUGACAGGCAACUGUGCAUUGAACACGACGAUAGAGUGUAACAGGACAACCCAUUCCACUUGCAGAUCAAUCAGUGUCAACACCUUAAUUGGUAAUGAAAACAGCACAUACCUUCUGAGUGGCUGUGGAGGAUGUUUUGGCCUUGUUACCUUCAACAGCGGACUGAUCUCCCACUACGUGCACACGACCUGCUGCAGUUCUAACCUCUGCAACGACGAUGUCAAACCAGACAUCGAGAACAGCACGCUGAAUGGAUUGGAAUGCCACGCAUGUUAUGCUGUUACCGAGCUCGGGUGUAAUAACACAAGGGUGACAGUGAAAUGUAAAGGACAACAGGAUCGCUGUAUCCACGCAUCAGGCCACAGUAGAGGGUUGGACCCAAGGACUUUUGUGAUGAAAGGCUGUGCUUCCGACUUCCUCUGUCGAAAUCCUACCGGUCUUGGACUUUUCAACUAUGUGCCGUCCACGGCUUUCUACUGCUGCAAGGAUGGCAUGUGUAAUCUCGAGUCACGGAAUUUCACCCAAUCCACCACUCCUGGCCCCACAACCACUUCCACCUCUGGCCCAACCCAACUCAGCACCUCUCUCAGCAUUGCUCUCCCCCUGGUCUUCCUCAGACUGGUGCUCUGAAGCACAACGCUUCACUCUUCAUCUCUCCUCGGCUGGGUAGCAGGAGUCUGUGGGUGGAACGAGGGUUCCUAAGAGGGAGGGUCAUUCCCAACGUGCUCAGUGCGGUCAAACCCUCUCGUCAACAGAUUUACAGUCCCCCCUCAAUCUCCUGCUGGGAGACCUUUCUCAGCUCAUUCCCUCCCACACCUCGUUGUACAGUAGCUAUUCUAUUGCGGUAUUUGCUCAGUGGUGGUUAUGCAUAUGUCAUGUUUGAUCCCAGCGUGUGUAUAGGCCGUUCAGCCCAUUUUAUUUAUGAAAGAUGUUAUUUAGAUCAAUAUUAUUCUGAUCCCACUCUCUUCUCUCACCCUGUGCCAAUCCCAAAUUAAUCACACUGCCCUACACUCUCCCAAUGACCAUAUAUCAAUCCCCAAACUAAUCCCACUGCCCUGCGCUCUCCCAUAGUCCUGUAUCAAUCCCCAAACUACUCCCACUGCCUCACUCUCUCCCCAUGGCCCUGUAUCAAUCUCCAAACUAA